AUGAACAAGAUUUACAAAAAGCUAAAGCAUUUUGGGGUGUUUAUUGGAGAUUUGCAACAUAAAUGGCUUGGUGCUGCUGCCCCGCUUCUUUUACCUCCAGCAGUUGUUCUUGAAGAUAACGAAAGAGUUGUUACAAGAUUAAUGGGCCUUGGAGUUUUUUCUAUCCCAACUUUAACGGUGAUUUUUUAA